UGCAUUUCUUUUGGGACAGCUGUAUUGUAAAGGAGGUGGUACUGGCCCUAUAUUUUAUUUAGAAAGGCAUGUCUACGUUUACUGUUUUAAUUCCUGUCGACGGCAGUGGAAACAGCGAGAAGGCAUUUGAUUGGUAUGUAAAAUACUGUCAUAAGCCAGAUAAUUUUGUGAUCACCUAUCAUUCCCAUGAAGCGCCUUCUCUUUCAGCAUUUUCACUGAAAGAUUUCAUGCAUGUCCCAGCUGAUGAAUGGCAAAGUAAAAUGGAGGCCAGCGUUAAAGAAGUUAAGAAGUUGGAAGAUAAUUACAUAGUUAAAUGUCAAAGUCUAGGUAUCAAACACAAAGCUGUCUCGGAGAAUCAUAGUAAGCCAGGAGAAGCAAUUUGCAAAUAUGCGAAGGAACAACAUGUUGACCUGAUCUUGAUGGGAACACGUGGUCUUGGUACCAUACGACGUACAAUACUUGGCAGUGUUAGUGACUAUGUUCUCCACCAUUCUGACUGUCCUGUCUCAGUCAUUCCUUCGUAAACAAUCGAAAAAACUUUAUUACUGCAGUUUAAUUUUCAUUAAUGUAUAUUUACCCAUGCUAUUUUCAUGUUUAAUUAUGUCGCAAAUGCAAUAUGUCCGUGCAGAAACUAUUGAAAAUAUAAAUCAUGUUCCUUAAAUAA